UUCACAAGCAAGUAUCUAUUACUAUCAUGGAAUGCACUUGUAAAGCUGGCACAAGCCACUGCUGCAAGCACAUUGUUGCUACACUUUUAUAUUGCAAUAGGAAAGACUUGAAUUCAUUAGAGAUGUUGUCAUCAACAGAUACAAAAUGCAUCUGGUCAAUUUAUAAGCAACCUGUGAUGGAGUUGUAUGAGGCUUUACCUUUAAGGACUUUUUGUUGUGUCAAAGUAGAAAGAUUGCCUCCUCUGCCUGUUGAGAUAUUACUUGAAUUACGGCAAAAUUUUAUCAAGUGUGAUAGUGAAACUGCUCUUGCCAAGCACAGCAAUCGCAAAAGAAAAUCCACUGAAAAUGGACAUGGAGCAACCAUUCCACAAAAAAGAGCUUUGUGUGACAAAAAUGAUAAUAAUAAAAACAGCAUUAAUAGCAUAAGGUCAAAUUAUUUGUCGCAAAUUUGUGGUGGAAACCAAGAAUCAAAUGUUGAGAACGUGAUAAGACUGGUCGACGGCAGCAGUAUUACUUUAUCUAAUUUCAAAGAUAAUUUUCUACCACAAAUGAUUAGCAACGCAGAAAAAUCAGAAACUGUGGCCGAAUUGGCUAACAUAAGUGUACCGAUGCAAAACUAUUGCCAAAAUGUGUUGGACAACUCAAUAAAGUUUAUUGAUGUUCUCAAAACAGCUGAAAGUACGUUCAACAAUAAAUAUGUGUGGAAAAAAGAAAGACAACUAAGGAUAACUGGGAGUAGAUGUUACAGCAUAUUUACGUACUCUCAAAACAACUGGCUUGAUAAAUCUAGAAGGUAUUUCUGGCCUAAAGAAAUUUCUACAGAUGCUACUCGUCAUGGCAAUGAGUAUGAACCUGUAGCUAGGGAAAUGUACCGUAAACAGACCAAUCAAUGUGUCAGAGAAACUGGUUUGUUUGUAUCAAAGACUGAACCAUUGCUGGCUUAUUCUGCAGACGGUAUCAUCAAAGCUGCAGACGGAUCUAUGAAGCUAUUAGAGAUAAAAUGUCAUAUGGAUAUGGUAGACACGUCUAAUGAAACAAUGAGUCGACCUGUCGACUAUUUUCUUGAGCUUCCUACGAUGAAUCAGUACCUGAAAGAACGUCAUAGACGUGAACCUCUUCCCUCAAGAUAUCAGUAG